GCAACGUCCACCUGAUACCCAAGUGUCUCUUCCAGAAGUGGUAACGUAAAUGAUUGUUGCUUGGGUGUACUACGAUACAGUACGCUUCCACUUUGAAGUUCUUUUCUUACAAUUUAGCACGCUAGUAGACUACGCGUUAUGAAAACUUCUGAGACUCACCUGUCGAUUCGCUAUGGACUUUAACCCCGUCGAACUGCAAGCCAGCCAAACGAGGAAGCGUUGAAUCUUUCCAGCCAGGCGAGUUUGACAGAGGAAGCCAUUUCAUCUAUGUCACCUAGCCAACCCAGGAAACUUAUAUUUGUUUUAUCAACUGGAAAUGUAGCCCUUUGGAGAAAUCGUUUGCCUAGCAUCAUAAUUUGAUAUUACGGAGAUAACAAGUUGUUUGGCGGAGAUGGAAAACCACAGUCUCCCUGGGGUGACCGAAGCCUCGGCAGAUGACCCUGCCUCCCGGCUCAUCUCGGCAGUGUUCCCCAUGGAGGGGGACAUGAAGAACCUGACCAUUGUUCGCUCAGGGAAUAGUACCGUCGUGGAGGACCACCUCUUCCUGAACACGACCGCCGCACAGGCCCUUUCGGGCAUCUUUGUCUGGUCAGCACUGCUCAUCACCUGUCACCAGAUCUACAUGCACUUGCGGUCGUACACCAUGCCCAACGAGCAGCGUUACAUCAUCCGAAUACUAUUCAUUGUUCCCAUCUUUGCCUUCGACUCCUGGCUCAGUUUGCUGUUUAUCAGCAACGACCAGUAUUACGUCUACUUUGACUCUGUGCGGGACUGCUACGAAGCAUUCGUCAUCUACAACUUCCUCAGUCUGUCCUUUGAGUACCUGGGGGGAGAAAGUGCCAUCAUGUCUGAGAUUCGAGGCAGACCCAUUCAGUCGAGCUGUAUGUACGGUACCUGUUGCCUGGUGGGAAUGAGCUACUCAAUUGGGUUUUUACGCUUCUGCAAACAGGCAACUCUGCAGUUCUGUGUUGUAAAGCCCAUCAUGGCUGUCUUCACCAUUCUCUUGCAGGCGUUUGGCAAGUAUCACGACGGAGAUUUUAGUGUGACAGGUGGAUACCUGUACAUUACCAUCAUCUACAACUUCUCUGUCAGUUUGGCCCUCUAUGCCCUCUUCCUCUUCUACUUCGCCACCAGUGACCUGCUGCGACCAUAUGAACCAGUGCUCAAGUUCCUCACCAUCAAAUCUGUCAUAUUCCUCUCUUUCUGGCAGGGGAUGGUGCUGGCGAUCCUGGAGCGCUGCGGGGUCAUCCCCGAGGCCUUGGUCAUCGACGGGUACCACGUGGGCGCCGGCACGGUGGCGGCGGGCUGGCAGAACUUCAUCAUCUGCAUCGAGAUGUUCUUCGCCGCCAUCGCGCUCCGCUACGCCUUCAGCUUCACUGUGUACCAGGAGAAGAAGAGUGAAAUCCCAGAUAACACUGCCCCCAUGCAGAGCAUCUCCAGCGGGCUGAAGGAGACCAUGAACCCCCAAGACAUGGUGCAGGACGCCAUCCACAACUUCUCCCCCACCUACCAGCAGUACGCUCAGCAGUCCACCCAGGAGGUGGUCCAGCCCAACCAGAACGGCAAGGCGGGCCUCGGCGCCGGCUCCAAGUGGUCCAAGAAGAACGACAAGAUCAUGCUGAUCAGCUCCGACGACGAGUUCUAGCGGUGAUCUCAAGGACGUGAGUCACCAGCAGGCUCACCAGGAGCCACGCUUAUGACUCAGGACUUCCUGUUCUUUUGUUGUACACCUGCGUUGUUUUAUUGUUCAGUAAUUGUACCUUGUAAUGUAUUUAAUUCAUGUGAUAAAGACUGAUGUAUUUGCACCGAAUGAGGUAACUGUUGGUAGGAAGUCAUGGAAGUAAAAAAAAAAACCUGGCAAGAAACAAAGGGAAAUGUGUUUAUCCGGGAGGGAAAGACAGUACAUCUGCGUUUAUAUGCUUAAUGUGCCUGGAAUGUUGCGGUCGGCCCAUUUUAGAGAUCGAAAUUUCCAAAUCUGAAAGGAUGGCGGUUGACACUUGCUAACUCACCAGCUGCGGGGUAGUGUACUUGCAUCUGAUCAAUGUCAGUUUUGAGGAAUAGUUUGAUAUUUGUCUUAAAUCAGACAUGACAAACAGCAUUAACAGGCUGUGACUGGCAUUCGCCUUCCACUUGCUAACUGAGAAAGAGAGAAAACUGCACUCUGGCUCGCUGGUAAGCUUAUUGAUCUGCCAAAUUAUCUGCCAAAUAAACAAAUAAAUUAAAGAAAUGUGAUGUAAUUGAUAAGACUCCUGACUGUGGGUACUGGGCACCCUGCUGAAUGGAAGGAUCACAUUCACCACCACAUAGGCCACAUCAUUCCCAACCACAGGAGUCAGCCAGAGCAGUGACCUUUUCACUGAGCUUUGAUCCUAUGGCCAGAAGCAUUUUUUCCUUUAUAGCUGGUAUUUGUGGCACACCAGUGUCAACAUUAUAUCCAGCCGUUCCAAAUGGCUGAGUGUCAUUAGGAAAUGAACAUGGUGUUUGCUCAAGUUUUCAAUAAACAAUUAAUGAAGCUGCUGGACUAAAUAUAGAGCAAGAAUUCUGUAAAUCUGGGUACUUGAAUUAGUGUCGGUUGUAUUUAAAAUUAUGCACAUACCUGCUCCCUAUUCUUCUUAAACUCGAUUUAAGAGAAUAUGCUUAUAAAAAAAUGAUUUCAGUGUUCUACCAGUGUUCUAUGGGCUACUUUGUGCCAUGGCCAACAUAUCUUCUGUGUAUUUCUAUUCAAAGUUCAGCAUUGAUUGAGGGAGAAGAAUAAACAUUUCAUUGUCAUGUAUUCACUGGUAUGCCUUUAUGACAAUGAUGUUUUAUUUUCAGUCAGAAAUAAACCGAAAGCAAGCUGUCCUUUUAAAUUUAAAAUUCAGUAUAUUUCUGUGAAAAAGACUGGCUUUGGUCUUUUAUUUAAUGUAAAGUUCUCAGGUAACAAGACCUUUUUACAUUUUUUAUAUUGUACAUUGUGCUCUGAAGUUCCAUUUGGAAACCAAAUCUGGAAUCUGUAAUGCAUUUGGAAUCUAAAAAAAUGUAAAUUAAAAAGUGUUACUGAAAAGUAAAA